AUGGUGAAAGCAGACGUCCGAAGGGACUACUAUGCAGACUUGGGGCUGCAACCCAGCGUGGAGGCGGAGGAUAUAAAGAAACAGUUCCGGAAGUUGGACGCUGAUCUGAACAACCUAGCACUCAAAUACCACCCCGACAGAAACCCGGGACGUGAACAAGAGUUCAUCGCCAAGUUCCAGGCCAUCCAAGCUGCCAAUGAGAUUCUCAGCGACCCCCAACAACGACUGAAAUAUGAUACAGAUCGUUUACGCGCAGGCUAUGGCAAGGUCUACGGGCCUCCCAAGACUGCUCCGCGUAAAGCCCAGCCGAGCUACCCUGCCGCUCCUCCUCCCAAACCCCAAGCUCCGAAAUUCCCUUUUAGUAAUCGACCUCACGCGGCAACUAAUGGACCUUCAGCCGGCGCUGCACGAUAUGCAACCCAUGCACGUGCGGGGCCACAGCAGUGGCAGAAGCCCCAGGACGAAGCGCAGACAAGAGCGGAUGCAUUCAAGGGCUUCCACAAUAUGAGAGGUCAAAAUUGGCGAGGAUUUGAUCCUACAUCUGGCGGUACACCGAGGCAGCAGAAUGCGCCUUUCGGUAACCCGAAGCCCAAAUCAGCAUUUGAGUAUUUCAAGGAGAACGUAAAGACCUCUCCAACUGCAGCCGCAAAUGCGAAUUCGCCUAAGAAGAGACAAGGCUUUGCACCGGGAACGGCCGGGGGAGAUGAGCCCAUGGCUCGGAAUACUAGUUCAUAUACCAACAACCGAAGUGAGCGGCCCAGCAGCAUGUAUUUUGACUCUGCGCCGCCUCCAACGGCCAAGAAAUCAGCGGCACCCCAGUCUCCGCCAUUGGCACAAGAGUUCGAGCGGACCAGCAGGAGCUAUGCCACAACUGGAGGCGAGAAGACCUUCUUCGCGAGCCCUGGGCUGGGACGGUCAUCCACAACGCGUACACCCUCGGCUUCGUUCCGCGCCUCAAACACACGCACCAACCCACCGAGCCCUGACCCCGCUCAGCCAGGGAGACAUCGAAGUGCCAGCCCCAAGUCCAGACGGGACAGAUCCUACUCCUUUUCGUCAACUUCAAGUGAUCUAGAUGACGACACCGAAGAGGAAGUGCGCCGCCCCAAUAUCUUCAAACCCAAGGCUGUACCCAAGAGUCGACUCCGGCCGCAUCAGAAGUUCACCGACUUCUAUCAAGAGGGAGACUCCAGCCCCGGAACUGGUGAGGAACCUUCUACCCGGCAAGACACCCAAGGACAACGGCCGUCGCCAUCCGCGCAGAGACCCCGGAGGACUCCACGGUUCUCCGACUACGUUGACUUGACUGCUGACAGCGACGAAAAUAAAGGCCACAAUUCGGAUAGCGCUACAUUUGCGAAAGGAGCAUAUCGUCCGGAACCGCCGGUCUCUACUUCCCGCCCUACCUUCACCCAGUAUCCGACGAAUCCUACACCAUCCGCCCGCCGUGGCUCCAGCAAUCUUCACAAGAAGUUCUCUGCAGAAGAUUGGCGAGAGCAUUUACAUACAUUCGAUUUUCUGGGCGCCACUGCGAAAACCCAAGAUAGCAGCGAUCCUCUUCGCAAAACGGGGGUCUCAAAUACAAAUGUUCGCGGACGUACCACCACCCGAACUGACUCAACACAGUCAUCAAACUCGACGGGGGCUUUUGGUCUGAACAACCCAUUUAGCCAUGUUCCUGGUGGGCAGCCUUCAGAGCCACCGCCACAACAAGAACCUACCCCCUUCGCCCAGGCCAAGUUUUCUGCGGACGAGUGGUCCAAGCAGCUGCACCAUAUGACCUGGACGACUGCGGAACAGCCACGCCAACCGGGAAAUACACCUCCACCACGAAGCCCCAAGAAACCGUUGCGGCCAGGCGCCAAAGUUCGAAGCGCACCGCAGCCGGCAAAGGUGGCGAGCGAAGCUCAGGAAGCUCGAGCAAAUGUAAACGAGAACAGCCCUCCCGGGCCCAGCGAACAAGAACCUAUCAAUGAGGAGCCUAUGGACAUUGAUGAGGACUUGCGUCCCAUGCCACCGCAAGCUGCACCUGUUCCAAGGAAUGUUCCUGCCGGGGGUCCAAGGCAUACCAACUACCCAGAUCUAUCUGCCCAUGCUGCACCCGCAGCUCCUUCGGCGGCUCAGCAGAAAUCUCAGCCCCCCCAACACAAAGAAGGUAGCACAUCUCAAAGUAGUGUACGCUCCCCACUUUUUGAUCUUGGGAACUUCGGCAAUACGGCACCCUUUACCAGCACCAAUAGCGGCGGCAUUGAAAACCUAGGAGAUGUCCACGCUACACUACCGUUUGAGUCAAGAGCAAAGGCUCAGACUACCACAAAGCAAGACAUUCGUCCUCGGGAUCUCAAACUGCCGAACCCUCCCAAGCGACCUUGGGCACCAGCUCUGGUUCCUAUCCAUUUGGGAUCACAGCAGAUGGUCAUUCCUCGCGAAAAAUGGAACUGGUACGUGUCCGCAAUGGGUACAUACAUGCACGAUUGGAACAGCUUCAACCGCCGCAUGCUGCUCCACUUCAACGCCCGUCAAGAUGCCGUCGAGACGGGGCUUGCGCCCGGCUGGAUUAGUGCCGUUGGCGAUACGGCCCGUUUGAAGAUGAAUGGGGUUGGUGAAGAUGGGGAUGACGAUAACAGCAGGCCCCGAGAUGAUGCUGAGCUCAAUGAGCUCGACGAUCUUGAGCCGGGCACCGGCAAGGGUGGAUUCAGUGCUUACCUUCGGGGAAUCGAAGAGGAUAUCCAGGUGCGCAAGCACUGGGAGGUGGCCUGUGAGAUGCACCGCGAGUGUAUUCUUGACCUCGGGAGGAUACGGGAAUGGAUCCGCAACGGGGGCAAGGUGGUAUGA